AUGGCAGCACUGAUUAGCGCAACUGAUCAGAGCGACGCACCCGGCUCAGUGAGUCAUGGAUACUCAUGGGUUCCCCCUGGAUUAAGUCGAAAGAAGGUUGAAGAGUAUAUGGCCCAGUUGCCAAACCACGUGGUACCACGAGUGAACAGUAACGGUGAAAAGUACCGCGAGAAACAACUCAUGCUUCAGCUUCCAAGACAGGAUUUAUCAGCCGCUUAUUGCAAGCAUCUAGCAAAUAACGUUGAGCGUAAGGUUUAUGACGAAUUUGUGAACGCACGUAAUGAGAUUGCACUCGAUAUCGGUUAUGUAUGCCCGAACAUAUCGAAACAAAUGGAGUGUAAGAAAUGCAGUGGAGUUCUCGAAAAGAACGAAAUGGCUGUUAUGGCGCCGAAACUGGGCGAAAAUAGCGGUUGGCAUCCAGCAUGCUUUAUAUGUCACACUUGUGAGCAGCUAUUAAUCGAUUUAACGUAUUGUGUGAAAGAUGGUUUGAUCUAUUGUGAAAGACAUUAUGCGGAACUGCACAAACCAAGAUGUAACGCUUGUGAUGAGGUGAGUUCGUUGUGUUUAGUCGUUAUUAUCUGA